UAGAGAAAAUGCAAAAUGGCAUAUAGCAAAUAUGAGGGCGUAAUUUACUCACCUUUUAGACCUACAUUUGGAUUCAAAUCCUAUUUUCGGAGCUACAGAGUAACAAUGAAACGCUGAAGCACAGUGCUUGACUUGUGUGUAGCCGGACUGCGUUUUAUUUUAUUUUUUACAAAUAUAUUAAAAAGAGAACAUGGGGUCGUGUUACAGUCUGCGUCCGCGUCUAUUUGGUGAACCUAGUGGGUCCAUCUCAAGUACCUCGGACUCAGAGCAGCCGCCCGACACUACUGUGCCCCUCAGUGGUGGCGACCGCCACAGGGACACUGGGGGAUAUGGCGAGACUGUGCCCCUCCGCGACGGCCAGAUCCGCCAUGGGGACGCCGGCAAGCAGUCCGCUGGGGACCUCCGCAGUGGAGAGACUACUGACGGUGUGCUGAUGCAGAAUGGAGGGGGAGGAGGAGGAGGGAGAAGCGCAGGAGCGGAGCGUGAUCUGCAAUUGCAGCUUUUGCAGAAGCACAGCAAUCAGAAGCAGCUGAAAAACUCUGACAAACUGCGUCUCGAGGAGAAGGAAGCCGAAAAAGAGGCAAAGAAAGUCAGUAAAAACAUUGACAGAGCACUGAAGGAACAGAAACGUGAAUACAAACAGACCCACCGGCUGCUGUUACUGGGGGCUGGCGAGUCUGGAAAGAGCACUAUUGUCAAACAGAUGAGGAUUCUGCACGUCAAUGGAUUUAAUCCAGAAGAAAAGAAACAGAAAAUCCAAGACAUUAGAAAAAAUGUGAAGGAUGCCAUAGUGACUAUAGUUUCAGCGAUGAGCACUUUAAUACCCCCAGUUCCAUUAGCCAACCCGGAGAACCAGUUCCGAAUGGACUACAUCAAAAGCAUAGCUCCGCUCUCAGACUUCGAUUACACACAGGAAUUCUUUGAGCAUGCGAAGAAGCUGUGGGAUGAUGAAGGAGUAAAGGCAUGUUUUGAGAGGUCGAAUGAAUAUCAGCUCAUCGACUGUGCACAGUACUUUUUGGAGAAAAUUGAUUUCGUGAGAGAGAAUGACUACACACCCACAGACCAGGACCUGCUCCGAUGCAGAGUGUUGACAUCAGGGAUUUUUGAAACACGAUUUCAAGUAGACAAAGUAAAUUUCCACAUGUUUGAUGUGGGAGGACAGAGAGAUGAAAGGAGAAAAUGGAUCCAGUGCUUUAAUGAUGUCACUGCUAUUAUCUUUGUUGUGGCCUGUAGUAGCUACAACAUGGUGAUAAGGGAAGACAACAACACAAACAGGUUGCGGGAAUCGCUUGACCUCUUCAGGAGUAUCUGGAAUAACAGGUGGUUACGGACGAUUUCAGUCAUCUUGUUCCUGAAUAAACAGGACAUGCUUGCUGAGAAGGUGUUAGCAGGGAAAUCCAAAAUUGAAGACUAUUUUCCUGAAUACACACGUUACACUGUACCAGAUGAUGCAACACCAGAUCCUGGCGAGGACCCCAAAGUGACAAGAGCUAAAUUUUUUAUUCGGGAUGAAUUCCUUAGGAUCAGCACAGCAAGUGGUGACGGCAGGCACUACUGCUACCCUCAUUUCACAUGUGCAGUAGACACUGAAAACAUUCGCAGAGUGUUCAACGAUUGUCGAGACAUCAUUCAGAGAAUGCACCUGCGCCAGUAUGAACUGUUGUGAUUGGGAACAUCUUGGAACCUGUGGUUUUAAAUUCUUUGUUCCGCUCUCUGUAACUAGCCCACACAGGGUAGAAGAGUACUAUUGAAGAGUGUGUCAAAUAUUAUUUUGAUUUUUUUUUUUUUUUUUUUUUGCUAUUCUCGUCCCAAAGUACAGCCUUUUUUUCGAGGAGGGUGUAACUUACAUGUCCUUUAGUUGGUUUUCGAUAACCCUUCUUUUUUUCUCCCUGUCAUUCCACUAAGGCUUUGUCUGCCUCCGUUUUUCCUUUUUUUUUCUUUUUGUUUUAUUUUCCUUUUUUUAAUUGGACCUCAGCCUGCUGAUUUUAAAGCAGGUUAGUGUUAGUACAGUCCUGUGUCUCUGGGUGGCACGACAUUCAGACCUAUCCCUGUGUGGGUUUCUGUUUUUCUUUUCAACACUGAUGAGUACUUGAUGGGGGAAAAAAAAAUGAUAUAAUGCACUUUGCAUCAGGUUACUAAAUACCGUUGAGGAAGUAUACACACAAUGUAGCAGCACCACAAUAUUUAUCACUCUGUCACAGUUUUUAGCGUUACGAGUUGCAGGUCGACCUGAAAAAUAACUGACCUCCUCUUUUAAGCCGUCUAAAGGCACAGAAGUAGAGUAGAUAAGAGGCAUGGUAAAGAUGAGAAGCAAUUUUUUCUGGUGUUUUUUGGGGCUAAAAGUCUCUGCACACCUCAGGCCUUUGAACAGCAGCUGCUUUUAGCCUAUUGUGUCUAGGAAGAAACUACCACACUCACUAAUGUUAUUUGUUCUGUCCACAAAUGAUCCUUUUAGCUUAGAUCAUUCUUGGACAAUAGUCCUAUAUAUAUAUAUUAUAUAUUUUUUUGUUUGUUUGUUUUUUGUUCUACGGCUGGUUUAUUAUCCUGUACAGACUGUAAAAUGUAAUAUUAUUUUGUACAACUUUAUUGAAAAAAAAACAUACUUGUAGAAGAUCUUUGUGCCUUGAUUAUGGCUGUACCUGUAAAAUGAGCUAUAAGAUGUAAGUAUGUUUUUGAUUGCGCUGUACAGCUUGAUGUCAGCCCUGUCUCAGUUGUGACUGCGGGUAGGGACUUUAUCUGUAGAGUUUAGUUUUUUUUUCUGGUUUAUAAAAAAAAAAAAAAAAAGGAAAUGCUCUUUAGUAAAAUCCUGUAUAAAUUAUGCAAAUUAACCACUUACCUACAGUGAUGACCAGAUGUUGCAGCAACAUGCCUUUUUUUUCCUUUUCUUUUUUGAGUCUCAGCUUUAAAACAUUGGAAUCCAUUCAAGUGUCCAAAUUGCAACCUGGCGUUGUUUUAAUA